AUGGGAUGGCCCUCGUCGGCGCGCAGCACUGGUGGCGCUUCGCCGGCAACCCUACACCCGCCUCCGCCGUACAACGAGAAGACGGCCCACGAGGGUCCCGGCCCAGGCCCCGCACCGCCGAAGUCUGUCCCCGCACCGGCCCCCAUCCCAGUCCGCCUCAGCACCGACACACUCCAUCGUACCCCGACGCUGCCAUCGCCGCCGCCGCCCGGAUCUUUUGCCGCCCUGCUGCUGGACAACGGUCAGCAGAUCACCGCGCUGCGCUUGCCUAAGCGCAUGAUCGCGCCGCUCAGCGCCGCUAUCUCUGGCGCGUGGCCAGAUGGACUCCUGCGCUGUGCGGCUAGUCCAGUGCAGGGCGGGUGGGAGUGGGAGCUGAACGGCUGGCCAUUUGUGCAGCAUGUUGAGAGCCGGAGAAUUAUCUUCGCCAUGCUGCAGGUGCUUUACGCUGCGGGGUGGGCCGUGCAGUGUGCCAACAACAUCAACAAGCACCACCUGGCCAAGGGAACGAUCUUUUUAAAGCCGGGCGAUGCGUGUGCCAAGACGUUCUUCGGCAUCAGCUUCUUCAAAGAGGAUCGGAUAAGGUUGAUCGACGCCCCAAGUGCCGACCUCCGGGCCGCCUUCGUCGCCAUCGCCAAGACCUGGCACAAAGGGGUGCAGGAGGCGAAGGAGAAGUGGCCAGGCUGCGUGCAAGUCAAGCUUAAGGGCACGCCGUUCUACACCAACGACCGCACCGAGCAGGACUUGAUCCGCAUCAUUCUCCUCGACAUUCUAAGCGCUUUUGACGCCCUUGGCUAUGAGCUUGUGACUUGCAUUGAGAUGGCCGAUUUUGUGCGGCACGAGGGCACACAGCCCGAGACGUGGUUCUUCGCCAACAAAACGCGGUCGCGCGAAGGCUCGGUGCGCAGCAGUGUGUACCAUGGGUCGUAGGUGUGAAUACAGGCUUGCGAUUGUGUAUAAGGGUUGUCGUUGUUCUAC